CGAGCCAGGGCGAACGCGAGGCUUGCGGCUGCCGGAGCUCUGCCGGCGCGGAGAAGCAGCGUCGGCCGCAGGAGAGACAGCAUGGCUCACAGUCAGCUGCCCAACGACUCCUGGCAGAACGGCUCAGCCCCUCUCUUCACCGGCCUGGACCUCCUCCUGGAGCUGAAGCCCCUCUUCAUCCCGCUCUACGCCACGCUGGUGGCAGUGGCGUGCACGGGGAACCUCUUCCUCAUCCUCCUCAUCGCUCUCACCAAGAAGCUGCACUGCACCACCAAUUUCCUGAUCGGCAACCUGGCGGCGGCCGACUUCAUCAUGUGCCUCGCCUGCGUCCCCCUCACCGUCUCCUACGCCUUCGAGGUGCGGGGCUGGCUCUUUGGCAUGUUCAUGUGCUACUUUGUCACCUUGAUGCAGGCCACCACCGUCUUCGUCUCGGUGCUGUCCCUCACCGCCAUCGCCAUCGACCGGUACGUCGUGGUGGCGUACCCUAUUCGCAGGAGGAUAAGCCGCAGGUCCUGCAUCUGCCUCGUGGCCUGCAUUUGGUUACUCUCCAUCAUGGCCUCCGUCCCCACGUCGCUGCACACCCACUAUUUGGAUCUCAACGCCAUCGGCCACGACAUGAUCAUCUGCGAAGAGUUUUGGAAGCACGAAGAGAGAGAGCGGCUGCUGUACUCGUGCUUGAUGCUCCUCCUGUCCUACAUGCUCCCGCUUUUGGCGGUAUCGGUCUCCUUCUGUGCCAUCACCUACCACUUGCGGAGGAGGAGCGUCCCUGGUGCUGCCUAUCCCUGCCAAGACAAAUGGACCAAGACGAAGCAGAAGACCUUCCGGGUGCUCACCGUCUCGGUGGUGUGCUUUGCUAUCUGCUGGCUGCCCCUCCAGGUGGUCAACUUCAUCAGAGACAUCGACGAGGAGUUCACCAUCCUGGACAAGAGGUACGUCAAUGUAAUCCAGGUCUCAUGCCACCUGAUUGCCAUGAGCUCUGCCUGCUACAACCCUUUCAUCUAUGCCUCCCUCCACAACAAGUUCUGGUUCCACCUCAGCAGCUGCUUCUACCGCAAGAAGACGAGCUCCAGCGUUACGUCCUGCAAGGCUUCUCGAUUCAACACCUGCUCCACCCUGGCGGACGCUCCUACCGCGAUCUCGGAUAAGAUAGCUUUGCAAAACAGAUUCUCUUAACUGAAGGACCCCAGGAGGUCGGUUUUGCUUUCGGACCUGUUUUGCACUUUGCUUUGGACUGGACAUAGGAGCUGGUCGCUGGUCGUGGUGGUACGUUGCUGUUCCCAGAAGUCUCUCGUGCUUGGCAAAGCGAGCGAGCGCCAGGGAACAGAGGGAUGUGCUUUGCGUCCUCGAGGAGAAGCUCUUCUGAGCAGCUCGAGGAUGUUUUGUUCUUUGGGGAAAACAAACCAGUGAGACAACAAACACCGCAGCCAGGCAAAGGCAGAGUACCUCGGAGCAGGACGGACCUGCUGGCCCACGCACGGGCAUGCCGGAGCGGCGGGAGGUGUUUCCACCUGACCCACUUUGAGAGGGAGCCAGAAAAACGUGAGUGUCCAUGAAACAGCACUUGCGUGGCUUGUUGAGGCAGGACGACGAUGAGUCCCCAGACUAAUGACCGGACACACAACUGGCCUGGCGUAGCUCUCCUUAAGCCUCAGUUUUCAGAAAUGCCUCUCCAUCAGCAUGGCCACAGUGUGCCGCUGCCUCUGCGCUUGCUCUGUGUGCCGAGGAGCAAGGCCCGAGCCGUACCCCUGCAAGCGCUGGGGCGCGCAGCGAGCGCCGCGUGGUGGGGCAGGAAAGCGGGGGUUGCCCGGGCCAAGCAAGUUUCCCCUCGGGCUUUUACAGACCCUAUCUCACAUCGUGGCUGGGUAUGGGACCCAUGUCUGGAAUCAUGGCUGGGUAAGGGUAUAUGUGCUAUAUCUCAAAUGAUGACUGGUUAGGGGGAACACACCCUAAAUCUAGGACCAUGGCUGGGUGUAGAGCACAUACCCUACAUCUCACACCACAGCUGGGCAGGGGCUAUGUACCCUGUAUCUCCACUCAUGGCUGGGUAUAGAGGGUGGCCGGUGCUGUAUUCGGAGCACAAAGGCUUCUCCCCACAAUUUAUUUAGGAGGCGGGUCAGCUCCUAAGCAAGACAAACACACAUCGGAUGCAUUUGAGAAACAAUUUGGAGUGUGUACAUCUUCAUUUUGUAGGAUAAAGAUUGUUCCUAAGCAACAGACAGCAUUUUCUGCCUCUGGAAGAACUCAGGCUGUCACAGGUAGCACUUAAAUCCCUGUGCAUUUUUUGGUUUAAAUGGUGGUUCAUUGGUGCAAGACAAUAUACGUUCUGAAAUGUGCAUUCUUCAGUCGGAGACCGUGUGGGAGCACGAGACCGAGCGGGAGCACGCGGCCGCUGAAAGCAGUCGGCUCGUUUUGAAUGGAGGCAACUUCCAUAACCUGCUUGACUUUCUGGAUAAGCCGCCUCUGGAAGCAGGCUGGAGGGUCCCCAUUUCUCCAGCCGCUAGCUCGCAGCCAAACAAGGCAGACGUAGCCAGGCACAUCAGAGGAAUUAUUGCUGUUCUCCGUAGCCAAGUAGGGCUCAAGGGGAUGGGGCACCCGGGAAGAUCUCAAGUGAUGUGUUUGCUGGGGAAGAUGUCUUGCUCUCUGCUCUCAGGGUAGUUUAAGAUUGUAUGUGUCCAUGUUCAAGCUCCUUGGGUGGAGGUAGGAAUCCUCCUGAUGGCCCGCUCUAACCCAGCAACUGUGGGAUAAAGGGUGGGUUUGCUUGUCGGAUGCUGCUUGGUGUCUCUAGACGCCUGGUGCAUCUGUGGCCCGUCAGCCAGCUCCCUGCAAGCGGCACACCAAGGAGGCACCGUCUCCCUGCACGGAGAUCCCCAACUCGGUUUUAACCUCUUGAUCUCCCAGGAGGGACCUCUGGGGACAGCCCACAGGGACCAGCAUCACCGUAAGCACUGAGUCUCAGGGUCACAACAGCUGCUGGCCACCCAAGGCCAUGCCUUUGAUUCGCCACCUACUGCUGCACUCCGUGGGGCCGAGCCACGUACCUCCCACCGCUCUUCGUGCCCGGGGACAAGACUUUAAAGCCCCCGGGUGGCACAUCCUCACCACCACAUGACAGCUCUCCGUGGCGCUGGCCAUCACUCAUGCUUUCAGAGGUCAGCGUGGCAUCCUCUGGUGCAAACACAGCUGGUCAGACCCUAACAGGAUCCCUAAUCUGCUCUUGUUACGCCCAGGGAUGAGCUGCUGCCCGCUCGCCUUCCUGCUGAGACCUUUAUGGUGGUCCAGAAGGACCUUCUGUGGUGCAACCAGUGGAGACGGGGGCCCAUCAGAUGCAAACUGAUGCGGAUGCUUGUGACCUCCGUUGCGUACCCGCGAAGCAGCUAACUCUGCUUCUCGCAGC